GCUGGCAACAGCAACAGCAAAAACAACAGUAACGAAACAAGCACGGUGUAAAAUAACAAACUCAAGCAGAACAGUAAACGGCGUAUGGUAAAAAAAAGAAAAAACAACAACAACAACAAGAAACAAAGUGAUGAUUAAGUUAAGCUAAGCAGCGACAAGGAGGACAAAAGCUGUGAUUCCAACUAAUGUCGCGCCAAAUAUCGGCUAAACAGGAAGAAUAGGAAAAUAAGAAACAAGAAGCGUCAAAUGUCGAUGUUGGCGUUGUUUGCAGUUUGUAUUUGUUGUCGAUUUGUUGUUGCCGUUCGAUUUUUAUCGAUGAAGAAAGGCGCCGAAAUUAAUGCCACACAAAGAAAAUGAAAAUGGGCGACAAUUGAAAGUGGAAGUGGAAGACGACUGACUGAAAAGAGAAGAGUCUGAAAGUGAGCAUUUAAUUAAACCUCGAGCAUAUGAGCUUUUGGAAGAAGGUGUCCACGCUAUCGAUUUGUUUCAUGUUGUAAUUCGAGUACUUUCGUUUAUUGGCAACAAUAAUGGUCAGCACAACAUUGACGACAUUGGCUGCUGGACAUACAACUAGUAGCAGUAAUCAUCAUCACCAUCAUCAGCAGCAGCAGCAGCUGCCGCAGCAGCCACACGGCAGCAACAGCAAUAACAGCAGCUACCAACGCCUACAAUCAUCCGCAACAACAGCAGCAGCAACAGCCGCUCAGCAGCGUAAUUAUUACGCGCUCAACGGUUUGGAGAACGAUUGUGACAGCAGUAAUUCCAAGACUAACAGCAACAGUUAUCAGCAACAGCAGCAGCCAUUGAGCCUAUCGCAAGCGGUGCUUUCGCCAUCACCACCGCUUAACGAUCAGAUAAAUCUGCUUUUUCCCAAGUGCCGUCCCAAGCAGCAACAGCAGCAGCAGCAGCAACAGCAACAGCAACAGCAGCAGCAACAGCAAUAUCAACAUCAGCAAUUCCAGCAAGAGCAGCCGUCGCACAGCAACAACAGCAACAGCAGCCGACAGCAUCAUGAAGCCAUUGAUGAUGUAAAUCUUAAUAGUAGCACCAUUGUCACAGCACCAACAAUUGGUGUUGCAGAGACAACUGGGAACAGCAGCAGCUUAUCCACUGCCACGCCCAGCUACUAUAAGAGUGUUAACAUUAUAACACAAUCACCGCCGCCGCAUUCGGUGUCGUCACAUUCCUCGGAAUCGCUGUCCUCAGUCACGCCUCGCAUAUCCACAAAUCCCUUUCUGUGCGCACCGCUUCACCACCAACACCACCAUCGCCGCCAGCACACGAUUCGCGAGCACUGACCGCAGGACAACGACGACGAGUUGCGGCAGCAGCAUCAGGAGCUGGAGCUAAUUGAGGAGACGGUGCCACAGACGGCGUAUCCAGCAUCCUUCUACUAUCAUACGGGCGAGAACCGGUCACGUGGCCACAGCUAUAUGGAUAUGCCGCGCAAACGCAACAGUGCAACAUCAGCAGGCAGGCAGCAGCAUCAUCAUCAUCAUGGCAACGGUAGCCAAAAUCCCUUUAUCAAGGAGAACUACUGGGAGUCAGCGACACCAAGUGCCAGCACAUUGCUCCAUUCACCCACAGAGUAUCCGGAUGAGCAGCAGCAACAACUGCAACAUCACCAACAUCAACAACACCAACAACAACAGCAGCAGCAGCAGCAACAACAACAACAGCAGCAGCAGCAACAACAACAGCAGCAGCAGCAAGAGCAACAACACAUGCACGCUUCAGCGAGACGAGCCUAUCAUCAACAGCUGGCACCACAACUGUACAGCAUAGCACAACGGCAUAACCAAGCCCAAGCUCAAUCCCUUCAAGCUCCGCAUGUGCUGCGCGUGGGUCGCAGUCCUGUGAAUCACAACUACUCUUCGCAACAACAGUCGUCGACUGUGGGCAGCGAUCCGUGUGCUGAGGGUCUGACACCAUUGGCCAGUCAUUAUCUGUAUGGCAGCAAGUCUUCGUCGGAUCAGCAAGUGGCUGACUGGGAGCCACGUGAUCAGCGCAAGCAGCGGCUGCGCGAAGAUCGCGAAAGGGAGCGGGAUCUGGAGCGAGGGCGCGACAGAGAUCGAGAACGGGAGCACCUGUUGCUAGAACAGCAACAGCAACAACAACAGCAACAGCAACAACAGCAACAACAACAACAGCAACAACAGCAACAACAACAGCACCAACAUCAACAACAGCACCAACACCACUUAUCGGCAGUGCAACAGCAGCGCAAGCGUCACGGCAAUGGUGACGAUCGAACUCAUCGGCUAAUUAAUAACAGCGUCAAUGAGUCAUCGACGGGAGGAUAUGCAGCAGCAGAUCCAGCCGAAAGUUGGCAACAUCUGCGUGUGACGACCCAGCCGAAUGCUCUGACCGCCGAUGAGAACAAGUGCAGUCAACAGCAGCAGACCACUACUGACAAGGGACAAUGUCGUUCCCAUUUAAUGCUGGAGCCGCACACGCGCCGCUUGCUGGACGAUGUGGCGCUCUAUCGGGAGCACAAGCUGGACACCUGGCAGCUGGAGCGCAACUAUACGCUGGCCGUAGAGUCGCGUCAUGGCAUCAUUGAAUACGAGGGUUCACCACGGCGCAUUGGCGUCGCUGCCAGCAGCAGCAGUCCAGCAGAGGACGAAAGCGAACCACCAGUUGAUACAGCAGCAGCAACAUCAGGAGUAGUAGCAACAACAGUUGAAGCCUCCGCAAAGAUCGCCCUGCCAACAUUGGGCUGCAAUACGGCUGCGGCAAGCUCGUUGCAAAAGACGGCGGCACGUGCAGCAUUUGCCGCACUUGCCCAAUGCCAGCAGUCGCAACCACAACAGGCUCCGGCAUAUCCCGUGCGGCCCGGCUUUCCACAGCGAAUUAUUUCGCCACCGCGGGAGCUGCGCAGUGGCUCGCCAACGCAGCAACAGCAGCAGCAACACUACAACAACGGCAGUAACCAUAGCAAUAACAACAACAAUAAGCCGGUCUGCAGCGACAACAAUGCGGAGGAUACUAGCAAUGAUGUCUCGGAAAUUGGCACCAUAUCCGAUCUGACCACGCCCGAGGCCAUCAUUACGGCCACGUCAAAUGAGUUGACGAACUGUGCGGCUGAUACUCCGCCGCCGCCUCCGCCUCCGACAGGAGCAGUAGCAGUAACGUUUGCAACCGCAACAGUUGCAACUACAACAGCAGCAGCAACAACAACGAUUGCUGCCAGCUCUUCGACAGUGGGCACGGCCCUAGCUCCAGGCCCAUUAAGCCUGCCGACCAAAUCCUCGACCUUUGAUUACCUCUAUGAAUUUUCUGAGACGCGCAAAGUGCUGGAGGAGUUCUUCAAGUGUCCAUCAAAUGACGAACAACCCAUCAUGGAAAAUGGCAGUGACGUUGACAGCAUUGACAUACAGUACGAGUUCCACAGCAACCUAGAACGUGGUGAGGUAGAACUAGACGAGGAAGAGGAGGAAGACGAAGACGAAAACGAUGAGGUCGACGACGAAGAUGAGCCCAUCGAGCAGGACUAUCGCCAGCAGCAGCUGCUGUUGCAACAGCCACCACCAUUGGAGCGUCACGUCUAUGGCACUUACACUCAGCCGCAGCAGUUGCAGCUUGAAGCCCAACUGCAGUCACGUCCGGCACAGUUGCCGCGCCAUUAUAGCGAAAGUCCGCUAAUGCGCGACUUUGACUUCUUCUUGGACUCGGCCAGCCGCAGCAGCGGUGAGCGAGAUGGCGAACAGGAUGGGCUCAAUCACAACCAGCUGCUGAGCACAGGCAGCGGCAGCGGAUUGGGACAAAGCGUUGGGCAGAGCGUUGGUGGCGCUCUAACAGGCCAUAAUUAUCGCUACUCGCCGGAGACAACCGACUACGAUUCCAACUGCGGUGAUCUUGACAGCCUCUCCGGCGAGAUGAAUGGCGGCGUGUCGACUUCCUGUUCAAAUUACGCCAAGUACUAUGCCUCAGCUAUGCCAGUAUUGGAAGAUGGCCUCUCCUCGGGGCACACCAGCGACACCGAGAAUAAUAAUAACAACAAAAACCUACAACAGAUUGCAGCUCAGCUUGAUCCGAGCCAGUUACAGGGAUUGAACCAGGGUCAGAGCCAGGGCCAGGGUCAGAGUCAGGGUCAGGGUCAGGGUAGUCUCAGCGCUAGCACCAGCAUUGGUGGUGGCAUCUCCAUGUUAAUGGACAUGAAACGCAUCUCAACCAACAACAGUCUAAACAGCAUGCACAAUCUGACUGCCUCCACAACGGACAGCAACGGAGUCGGUCACCAGCUCAGCCAUACGAGCCCAAGCAAUGUCCUGCUAAAGCUUCAACUUCAACAACAACAACAGCAGCAGCAGCCACAACAGCGUGAAUUACUUGGACAGAGUCCCAGCAGCAACAGCAACAGCAAAGUGUUCAAAAACAUAGAUCCAGAGCUGGAUUCCCUUUACUCUAUCAGUGUUUUCCACCGUCCGGACAUGGCGCAAAUGACCCCGCCGCCGCCAGCGCCGGCACCGCAUCGCAAGCCCAACUGUAGCGGCGAUGUUGAUCUGCUGCAGUCCACUGACCGACAGGCAGGCAGCAAGCACACGCCGAUUAGUUCGACGCUGCAGCGCACUUCCCCCACCGCCUGCAUUGGCGUCCCAAAGCCGAGGAGCGCUGGCAGCAACUGCAGCAGCAGCAACGGCCUUGUUGGUGGCAUGGUGGUAGGCGGUGGUCCACCGCCGCCGCCUAUACCCGAGCGCAGCAGCACGCAGCCAAUACAGACGCAGCGCUCACCGUCGCCUGUGAUGAACUCGCCCGUGUGGCUGUCACGGCAUUUGGAUGGCGGUGCUGGCAAGGCACUGCUCGAGUCGAGCUCAGACAACCACUCAAAGAACCAUAGCGCCGACGAGGAGGAUGUGGACACCGACCUCGAGACAGAUCGUCUUCUGGGCCAUCAGCGUCUCGACGAUCAGGGCUACUACGAUGAGAACAAAAGUUGGGAUCGCAAACCACGCACUUCGCUGCUGUCCAAGAUCUCGCCCAAGCAGCAGCAAAUGUCCAGCACGAAGACGCGCAACGGUUACAAUGCGCUGCUCAGCUCUACGCCCGAACUGCCGCCGCCGCCCAUUCCGCCCAAGAGCUCGACGAGCCUGAGUGGCUCAGCAGCUGGCAAGCUACUGGAUUUGGUCAGCGGUACUGGAGCCGCACAGAGAAGCCAUUCGCGCAGCUCCUCAGAGCACAGCGACAAGUCACCAUCAAAAGCGCCCAGCGCCAGUUUGGAUAUUUGUGGCAUGACAGCAGUCACUGCUGCUGACGUGGUCGCUUCCGCUGUGGUGGCAGCUGCCGCUGCUUUGCCCACUCUGGGCACUCCCAACAAUGGCGGUGAGGGUUCAGAGGGCUCUGUGCCGGGCGUUAAUAAAUUGGAUGUGGAAAAUGAGGGGGGCAUCAAUGGAAUUGUGGGUGUUGCCAGCGGCAAUGUGGUUACCAAUACCAAUGGCACCAGCAAUGGCAGCAACAACAACAAUAACAACAACAAUGAUGCCAUCGGCAGCAACAACAGCAGCGGCAGCGGGGCAGGCAGCAACAGCAACAGCGGCGAGAAAAAAGUGAAAAAGAGUAAGAGCAAAGAAGGCGGCGCAGUGCUCAUCGAGGGCGUUCUAUUCCGGGCUAAAUACUUGGGAUCCACGCAGCUGGUCUGCGAGGGUCAACCCACCAAAUCGACACGCAUGAUGCAAGCCGAGGAAGCCGUGUCGCGUAUCAAGGCCCUGGCACCGGAUGGCGAUGUGCAGCCAAGCACGGAAGUAGAUCUGUUCAUAUCGACGGAGAAGAUAAUGGUGCUGAAUACCGAUCUGAAGGAGAUCAUGAUGGAUCAUGCGCUGCGCACCAUCUCCUAUAUAGCAGAUAUCGGUGAUCUAGUGGUGUUGAUGGCGCGUCGUCGUUUUGUGCCCCAGGACAUUGACGAUGCCCCCAAACCAAAUCGUACGCCAAAGAUGAUAUGUCAUGUAUUUGAGAGCGAUGAGGCUCAGUUUAUAGCACAGUCGAUAGGCCAGGCCUUUCAGGUGGCUUACAUGGAAUUCCUGAAGGCCAAUGGCAUUGAGGAUCAUCGCUUUGUCAAGGAGAUGGACUACCAGGAGGUGCUUAACAGCCAAGAGAUAUUCGGCGAUGAGCUCGAGAUCUUUGCGAAGAAGGAACUGCAAAAGGAGGUGGUUGUACCCAAGGCCAAGGGUGAAAUACUAGGCGUUGUCAUUGUGGAGAGCGGCUGGGGUUCAAUGCUGCCAACGGUCGUCAUUGCGAAUCUCAUGAGUUCUGGGGCAGCGGCGCGUUGCGGUCAAUUGAACAUUGGCGAUCAGCUGAUAGCCAUCAAUGGUCUAAGCCUGGUUGGUCUGCCCCUCUCCACCUGUCAGACGUACAUCAAGAACACAAAGAACCAGACCGUUGUCAAAUUUACAGUUGUGCCCUGUGCCCCCGUCGUCGAGGUCAAGAUCAAGAGGCCAGAAACCAAAUAUCAGCUGGGAUUCAGCGUUCAAAAUGGCGUGAUCUGCAGUCUGUUGCGUGGCGGUAUAGCGGAGCGGGGCGGCGUUCGGGUCGGUCAUCGUAUCAUUGAGAUUAAUAACCAGAGCGUGGUGGCUGUACCGCACGAGAAGAUCGUCAAUUUGCUGGCCACAUCGGUGGGCGAGAUACUCAUGAAAACGAUGCCUACGUCAAUGUUCCGCUUGUUAACUGGCCAGGAGAAUCCCAUUUAUAUUUAAGCGACAGCUAUCGAAAGGCUGGAUAGAUAUAGAAAGAGAGAGGAGCGCAUGCAUAUUAGACAGAAUUCUAAUGAUAUAGUAUAUAUAUAAUUGUAUAUA